AGCAAAUAUACUGGCACAAUUUCCAUCACCUCUCUGACCAGGCUUGAUAAUGGGCAUACAUCACCAUACCAGGCUCGGCUGCCGGGUACGGACUUAUGACGGAUCCAUGUAGCAAGCACCAUUUCACGAAAGAGUCCUAGGAAUACAAACUAGUUCUAGCCAUACUAGUACUCUUUGCACAACCUUGACAAGCCUUUUGACAAGCGCAAGAUCGACCGCACUGUUCACGAGUCACUUACCUACCCGAGCAACAAUGCCUUCCAUCAAAUCCGUCCCACCUCCUCGACCUUCUCGCCCUGCAAGCGUUUUCUCCGCGUCUUCGAUCGAUACCCUCGUUGCAGAUCAAGGCUAUCGUGGUUUCUCAUCCCGAGAAGCCUACCUACAAGCCUUGCAUGAAUGGGCGGAAGAGAAGAAGUAUUAUCAAUCUACGGAACAAUUGCACGGCUUCUACGGGAGAAAGACAGUCGAUGAGAUUCUGGGCAAUCAAGGUGGCAAGGCUCCAACAUCUCGAAGAGCCACUGUCGCUCGAUUGGACACUGUCCAAGAGGGCCGGACCGUCCAAGUCGUGGAUGCGCCGGCAAAAGAGAGUACAGGAAAUAGACUGAAGAAAGCUUUUAAUCGACGAAAGUCCACUGCUUGAAUGGUCUGGUACCUCUCCCAUUGAUGAUAUUGGUAUGACUGCUUGUGUACAUAUACGACUCACAUUUUUGGUAUUUAUGGAGCCAGAAACAGAUUGAUCAGGGAUCUUUCAUUUUGAUUGAACAUACAGGCUCUAUGAUGAAUACAUAACACACAAUUCCAC